CCCGAACCAAAUCGCUACAAUUGCGCCUUGUAUGUUUCCCUCGGAUGUGAGCAGCCCAGCCGCGCGCCCGCCUCCUCCUCCGAUCCUCCGAUCCUCGGGCUGCCCCCCUCCCGGGACCCCCCCAGCCCGGCCCGGCCCGGCCCUGGAGCCCCGAUCCGGCCCUUCUCCCGCCCAGAGCCCCCCCAGCAGCCCAGGGCCAUGGCCGAAUGGGCCCCUGCCCAGGUGAGCCGGGAGAGGGGGGGGCGGCGAAGAUGGAGGGGAGGGGGGGCAUGAUCCGGAUCGAGAAGUUGAUUCGGAGUCCGGAGAUGGCUAGGACCCCCCCGCUGUGGAUGCAUGGGGGGGGGCGUUAGGCCUCUUUGCUGCCUGGAGUGGGGGGGUCGGUGGGGUGGGAUGGGAAAGAGAGCCUCCCACCCCCAGUAGACCCCAGUAGUUUUGCUGGGAGUGUUAAUGGGGGGGGGGAAUGUCCUGGGGGAGGAGAUCCAUUAGGAGAUCUCUUGUGGGGGGGGGGAGAGGAGAGGAUCUCUUUGAUUUUCCUUGGGAGAGGAGGAUGCGGGGGGGGAAGGAAAGAGGGGCUGAUCCGGAUUGGGGGAAGGGGUUCCCAGAGGGGGGGGGCAGGGCUGGUAUGAAUGGGGCUGGAAGGAGGUGUGUUUGUGGGGGGGGGGAUAAUGUGAGGGAAAAGGUCCCAUUGCAAAACCUGGAGGUGUGGGGCAGCCCUCCCUUCCCAGGGGAUCCAACUUGAAUAACAAUAUGGGGGGGCAGGUAAGCUCUGCCCCACAUAAUCGAUCACCCCCCCCCAUUUGAACGGCCAGGCCAAUUCAACUUUGCAAGGGGGGGGCCUGGACCCUUCAAAUAUCUUACUGGACCUAGGAGUUGGGUCCUGUUCUGCCUCCCCAUCCAUUCCUCUGUUUCAUUUUUCCUGGAGGGGUCUUGCUGCUUCAGGAUCCCCCCUUGGCUUCUCGGGGGGGGGGUUGGGGGGGCACAGAUAUCUGGGGAGGAGGAGAGUCCUCCCAUUUUGAUGGGCGUCCACACCCCCCCAGAGGCUCGCCCAUUCUCUCGGAUGCAGCCAUGCUGUUUUUGCACAAGCCUAUGUCUGCAACUUUGGGGGACCUCUGAGAAGAUGCUCAGUUUGCUUUUGAGAAAAGGGGGGGUAGGGAGUGAUCUCUCCCCCCCCACCAGUAAUGAGAUUAUUUUUUCUCCCUUGGAGCCUCCCAAUAAUGAACAGCUAACCCCUUCCUUGCAGUGACACAGCACUCGGGUUGCACAGUUAUUUAUUAUUAUUGCUAUUAAUUUGUUUCGUUCAUAUCCAAGGAGUUUGAGGUGGUUCUCCCCCAGUCUUCGUUUACCCCCCCCCCCCACAACAACCCUGUGAGGUAGGUUUUGGCUGAGAGGCAGUGACUGCCCCAAGGUCGCUUCACGACCCAGCGGAGACUUGAACCCAAGUUGUACUCUGCUGCUCUAACCACUACACCUCACUGCCGCUCAGCUCUCUCUAGCAGCUUGGGUAAACUUGGUAGGAACGGCUUGAUUCCCCUCCAGCAUUCACACCUGGCAAGGGACCCCGACCUCUUGCCUUUGACUACAACUCCCAUCAUCCAAAGCUAGCAGAACCAGCGGUCAGGGAUGAUGGGAACUGUAGUCUCAAAAAAUUGUAGUCCUCCGUGAUUUAAAAAAUGCCUUUAAAAUAAGAGAAAGGGGUGUUGGGAACACAGUUAAGCAUUCUUUAAAAUAUCAUUUUUAAAUAAUCAGUCGCCAGGAAAGUGUUGCCCCAAAUUGGGUCUCCAGCUGUAGUUGGACUACAACUCCCAUCGUCCCUAGCUAGCAGGACUAGUGGUCAGGGAUGAUGGACGUUGUAGUCCUACAACAGCUGGAGACCCAAGUUUGGGAAACUGACUUAGAGCAAGAGCACUCUCCAGAGUGCUAAUUUGAGUGUUGCAUACAAACACACACACACACACAAAAAUGCCUUUGGAUUUAGCAAAUCCCCAAGCGCUUCUACUCUAACAUUAACCCACAAACAGCCCCCUAGGUGGACUUUUGUGUCACAUCCGCACCAGGAAUUUAAUGCACAUUAAUAAUAAUAAUAGUAGUAGUAGUAGUAGUACCGUAUUUUUUGCUCUAUAAGACUCACUUUUUCCCUCCUAAAAAGUAAGGGGAAAUGUGUGUGCAUCUUAUGGAGCGAAUGCAGGCUGCGCAGCUAUCCCAGAAGCCAGAACAGCAAGAGGGAUCUCUGCUUUCACUGCGCAACAAUCCUUCUUGCUGUUCUGGCUUCUGAGAUUCAGAAUAAUUUUUCUUGUUUUCCUCCUCCAAAAACUAGGUGCGUCUUGUGGUCUGGUGCGUCUUAUAGAGCGAAAAAUAUGGUAAUUUAUUUGUACCCCAGUCAUCUUGCUGGGUUUCCCCAGCCACUCUGGGAGGCUCCUGACAGAAUAAUAGAAACACGAUAAAACAUCAGACAUUAAAAACUUCCCUAAACAGGGCUGCCUUCAGAUGUCCUCUAAAAGUCAGAUACAGUAGUGGUUUAUUUCAUUGGCAUCUGGUGGAAGGGCGUUCCACAGGGCGGGGGCCACCACCGAGAAGGCCCUCUGCCUGGUUCCCUGUAACUUGGCUUCUCGCAGUGAGGGAACCGCCAGAAGGCCCUCGGAGCUGGACCUCAGGGUCCGGGCAGAACGAUGGGGGUGGAGAUGCUCCUUCAGAUAUACUGGACUGAGGCCGUUUAGAGCUUUAAAGUUCAGCACCAACACUUUGAAUUGUGCUUGGAAACGUACUGGGAGCCAAUGCAGAUCUCUCAGGACCGGUGUUAUGUGGUCUCGGCAGCCGCUCCCAGUCACCAGUCUAGCUGCCGCCUUUGAAACAUUUGUUUUCCCCCUGUGUUAUCCUGGGAACUGCAGUUUUUUUAAAAGGGUGCAUGGAAUUGCAGCUCUGUUAGGGAGCCAACUACAAUUCCCAAGGUUCUUGGAAGGCGUGGAACGUACAUGAAAAUUAUGAUGUGGAUCCGGCCAGCAUUUGGCGCUCCAUUAAAAUGGGGGUUUUGCUUCUCGGUGUCUGUGGCAGGGAGAAGGUGGUGCCUGUUUUUUCAGGCCAGGGCUGAUGGGAGUUGUAGUCCAACGACAUCUGGAGCAGGCAUAGGCAAACUCCGGUCCUCCAGAUGUUUUGGAACUGCAACUCCCAUCAUCCCUAGCUAACAGGACCAGUGGUCAGGGAUGAUGGGAAUUGUAGUCCGAAACAUCUGGAGGGCCAGAGUUUGCCUAUGCAAAACAUCUGGAGGGUGACUGGCUGACAGAGGGUUUUCUCAGCCAUCUUUCAGGGCAAAGCACCCUAAAAUAUCAUGUCAUAUUUCAGCAAAUACAGGCCCAGCUCAGGGUGCUCAACUUGGCAUUCAAAGCCCUAAACUACUUAAUAAUAAUGAAUUAUUAUUAUUAUUAUUAUUAUUGUUAUUAUUAUUAGACCCCCAGAUGCUACAGACUCUCUUGGCUGCCACGAUUGGCAGAGGGGACUCUCUGCCACCAGAGGCUUAGGGUGGCAGCCCGGGGAAUAUUGCCUUCUUUAGGGCAGCCCCUGUUUUUUAUAUUGACAUUUAAUUGGAUGAAUUUCAUUUAUAAGGAAAGAAAGAGUUCAAUAAGUGCUGAAAAGAAAGGUGCAGUGUAAUGCAAUUAGUACAAUCAGUUACAUUUCCAUACUAAGUGAUAUUAGUAUCUUAAUACGCAUAUGGUUAUUAAUGAACCUGUUACAUUCUGUAUAAACUUGUUCCGAACAUUAAUAUAUUUGUCAAAAACAAAGUCUGCGUCUAUCAGCAAUCCAUUCAUAAGCUGCAGGUGUUGUCGCGUUGUCAAUCCGUUGAUUAAAAGGAAUCGCAUCUGCAUUCUUCCAGUUCAUCGGUAUCAAUCUCUUAGCAGCUUCCAUAAAAUAGCUAUAUAAUUCAAAAUCAUACUUUCCUCUGAAAAUGUUCACUUUUUCCAUACGGUCAUGUUUAUAUAGCCUAGCGCUUCUCCCAAAACUUAGUAAGUAUAGAACACCGUAAAAGCAUACGUUUCAAAGAGGCAUUGUCCUUCUUGCAUCGCCAGCAAAAAGCCAUUUUUCGCUAGUCCUUUUUUAUAUAAACGUAAAGGAGUCCAAUAAAUUCUGAGCGUUAUUUUCUGUUGUGUAAGUCUUAAUUUAAGAUGCAUUGAUGUCUUUGGUCCCAAGGCUGAAACACUUUCCCCUAAGUUGCAGAACUCCUUCCCCACCAGAGUUUCCUGUGAAUAUUGACCUUUUUACCCUGGUAAAUAUACCUGAAGGGUAUAUUUUUAGGACUCACCUUGUUUUUGUGAUUGUAAGUUGUUUUAAAGUGCUUUUAAUAUCAUGUUUAAUGUUGCAACCUGCUCUGGGACCUUGAGAGUGAAGGGCGGGUGAAUAAUAAUAAUAAUAAUCCAAUGUUUGAAAAAUCAGUCUAAAAGUAGCGUACCACUCUACUUGCAUGGCAAGAGAGAAUGGCAAGUGUGCAAGAAGCUUCAGAAGAAAGCCCUGCUGCACUUAGUUCAGUGAUACUUACUCCCAAGUAACUCACUACAGCGUUGAAGUCUAAACUAGGCAUAGGCAAACUCCAGCCCUCCAGAUGUUUGGGACUACAAUUCCCAUCAUCCCUAGCUAACAGGACCAGUGGCCAGGGAUGAUGGGAAUUGUAGUCCCAGACAUCUGGAGGGCUGGAGUUUGCCUAUGCCUGGUCCAAACCAACUUAAACUUGCUUCAGAACGGCAUCACUAUCAAUCCUUUAAAUGUGAGUAAGUAAAUAAAAAUGCCCUGAAAGAAAUAAAAAAUAAAUAAAUAAGUUACAGCCCCAGCAAUUCAUAUUAGCUCUAAGCGAUUGAUGAAAAAUCCUCUACAAAUUAAACCAAUUAAUAUUUUCAGCCCUAUCUGGUUGUGAUAAUGUUUGGAAUGUUUCAGUGAUGUAGGUUAAUUCUGUUUUGUAUACGUGGUGCUAAGAAUACUGUAAUUCUCCACCCGGGUGAAUAAUGGAAAAAUGGAUUCUGCAAACGGUAUAAAUUACGCAAAUCAAACACAAGAUACACACAACUUAAUUAAUUUAUUUUCUUGCAUUUAUAUCCCAGCUUUCUUCCAUCAUGGGAGCCAAGACAUCUUACCUUGUAAUUUUUUUUUCUCCAGCUUUGGAUUGUGCAAAGGUCAAACAGUUUUUGAUACCCCAUCCAAUUCCUGCACCUUACAAAGGUUUAUCAAGCAUUUGAACCCUUAUACAGAGUCCGACCAUUGCUUCAUCUGGAAUAAACCUGAGACCUCCAAUAUGCAAAUCAUAUACCAUACCAGUGAGCUAUGACCCUUCCCCCUAAUCUGCCACACACUUACAAACCUACCUUGUAACAAUGAGGUCUGGAAACUUUAUUUUUUGUCUGGGAAAAUGAAACUUGGGGUUCUGAGAACGCUGUGUGCAAGUACCAGAUUCUGUACUGACUUGGUGAGUCACCCUCCUCAAAUUCAUUACAGGAGCACCUGUUUAGAAACUGGGUGCUGGCUCUUGAGCUUCAUUUUCCUCUUCCCUCCUUGUCCCUCAUUCCUUGUGUGUCGUGUUUUUCGAAUAUUGCAAGCCUUCGGGCAGAGACUGUCAUAUAUUUUUUUAAUGGAUUGCAUGCCGGUUGCUCUGGGAGCCUCUUUCAAGUGAAGGUAAAGGUAAAUGUACCCCUGACUGUUAGGUCCAGUCGUGGCCAACUCUGGGGUUGCGGCGCUCAUCUCGCUUUACUGGCCAAGGGAGCCGGCGUACAGCUUCCGGGUCAUGUGGCCAGCAUGAUGAAGCCGCUUCUGGCGAAACCAGAGCAGUGCAUGGAAACGCCGUUUACCUUCCCGCCGGAGUGGUACCUAUUUAUCUACUUGCACUAGUGUGCUUUCGAACUGCUAGGUGGGCAGGAGCAGGGACCAAGCAAUGGGAGCUCACCCCGUCGCGGGGAUUCGAACCGCCGACCUUCUGAUCAGCAAGUCUUAGGCUCUGUGGUUUAGACCACAGCGCCCCCUGCGUCCCCUCUGUGGAGUUUAGGUAAAGGUAAAGGGACCCCUGACCAUUAGGUCCAGUCUUGACCGACUCUGGGGUUGCAGCGCUCAUCUCGCUUUAUUGGCCGAGGGAGCCGGUGUACAGAUUCCGGGUCAUGUGGCCAACAUGACUAAGCCGCUUCUGGUGAACCAGAGCAGCGCACGGAAACACCGUUUACCUUCCCACCGGAGCGGUACCUAUUUAUCUACUUCCACUAGCGUGCUUUCAGACUGCUAGGUUGGCAGGAGCAGGGACCGAGCAACGGGAGCUCACCCCGUCGCGGGGAUUCAAACCACCGACCUUCCGAUCGGCAAGUCCUAGAUUCUGUGGUUUAACCCACGGCACCACCCGUGUCCCUUUCAGGUGAAGAGUGGGGUGCAAAUUCUCCAAAUUAAUAAGACGGAAGCAGUAAGAGAUGGGUUUGUCUGGUGGGGAGGCGCUCCCCGGCUUUGCUGACCGCUUGAGUCUUCUCAGAGAGCCAGUGUGGUGUAGUGGUUAAGAGCGGUAGUCUCGUAAUCUGGUGAACUGGGUUCGCUUCCCCGCUCCUCCACAUGCAGCUGCUGGGUGACCUUGGGCCAGUCACACUUCUCUGAAGUCUCUCAGCCCCACUCACCUCACAGAGUGUUUGUUGUGGGGGAGGAAGGGAAAGGAGAAUGUUAGCCGCUUUGAGACUCAAUCGGGUAGUGAUAAAGCAGGAUAUCAAAUCCAAACUGUUAUGUACUGAAGUUCUCACCCUGGGCCAGCAGGGGGAUACUGUAGAUAGUUAUGCAAAUGAAGGAUCGAAAGUGACGUUAAGUGAUUGGAUAGUUUGUAUGCAAAUGAAGGAUCGAAAGUGAUGUUCAGUGAUUGGAUAGUUUUAGAAAAUGGCAACAGUUACAUUGUUCUGGAGCUCUAAAUCAGCAGGCUGACUGAGCUCCUCAGUCAGUUCUGUUCCAGCUUACAAAUAAAGAGCUGCUUUGGAAGAAUCGCUGUGUCGUCUGAUAUGUUUGCCCACAACUUAACACAAACUCUUCUUCUUCUUCUCUCCAGAUCCAGGAAUGGAACGUGGAGGCUCAGCAUCUGAUGCCCCUCCAGCCCCCCCUGGUCCCCGAGCUGAGCCACAUGCGGGAAGCCCAGCUGCACACGGCGGAGGCGUCCCUGUGGAGCGUGGUGGCCACGGUCCAGGCCAUGGAGCGGAAGAUAGACCUGCUGGCCACCCGCCUGCUCAGCCUGGAGGGCAGAUCUGGGACAGCCGAGAAGAAGCUGCUGGACUGCGAGAAGACGGCCAUGGAGUUUGGGAACCAGCUGGAGGGCAAGUGGGCCGUGCUGGGGACCCUCAUCCAGGAGUACGGGCUGCUUCAAAGGAGGCUGGAGAACGUGGAGAACCUCCUGAAGAACCGCAACUUCUGGGUCCUGAGGCUCCCCCCGGGGGCUAAGGGAGAAAUCCCCAAGGUAUAUCUUUGCCACCCUUUGUAUGGAAAAAGCAGGUCAAAGUCUUGGCGCUUUGGGGUGCCUUUUCUUUUGCACAUUUUUGGUGUGCUCCCCAUGACCCUGUGGACUGGAAGAUAAGGCCCAAAUAUUUGAAAGCUUUGACCUGUUUGAUUGGCUGAUUGUCCAUACACCAACUGUGGGGCCUAUAUUUUCUUGAGAAAACCAUAACUUUGGUUUUCUGAUAAUUUAUGAUAAUUUACGCAAUACACUGAGAAUUCUCUUAUCAAUCUUUUUAGGCCUAUUUUUGUUUGGGAUAAGAGGACCGCAUCAUCAGCAUAUAUCGUAUUUUUUGCUCUAUAAGACACAGCACGGAGAGUCCACUCGUAUUGUCCUUUUGUCAGGUUCCAUGUGCUGGGUAUAUACCAUAUUUUUCGCUCCAUAAGACACACUUUUUCCCUCCUAAAAACUAAGGCGAAAUGUGUGUGCGUCUUAUGGAGCGAAUGCAGGCUGCGCAGCUAUACCAGAAGCCAGAACAGCAAGAGGGAUCCCUCUUGCUGUUCUGACUUCUGAGAUUCAGAAUAUUUUUUUUAUUGUUUUCCUCCUCCAAAAACUAGGUGCGUCUUGCGGUCUGGUGCGUCUUUUAGAGCGAAAAAUACAGUAAUAGUACAGAGAUUGGGUUUGAGGCCAGUUUAGGAGUUUUGAAGAUGUUAAGCACUGGACCAUGUCGUUUUGUAUAGGUUAACGAGUGCCGGGUCUAAAAUGCAUCCUUGCUUGACUCCCUUUAUGGCUGGUACAGGUCCUGUAAGUUGGCCAUUUGUAGAGCAACGCACUUUCAGCACAGUGUCUUUAUAAAGGCAGUUAAUCAGAUAUAAUAAUCUUUUGUCUUAUGCUUGAGGUGUUUAAUUUGGCCCCUAGUCUUACUCGUGAGAUUGAAUCAAAAGCAGCUUUCAAAUCAAUGAAAGCAGCAUAUAGCACACCGCGAGAUUGCUUGGCGUACUUAUCUAUGAGGUGGGCUAGGACGAAGCAAUGGUCUAUAGUAGAUCUGCCUUGCCUGAAUCUUGCUUGCUCUUCUGCAAGGAUAGCCUCAACAUCAAUCCAGCUGAUCAAUUUAUUGUGGAGGUGUUUUGCAUAUAAUUUACUAACUAUAGGUAAGAGGCUGAUAGGUCUGUAGCUGGCCGGAUCCGAUGUAAGGCCCUUUUUGAAUAUUGGGAUGAUUACCGCAGUGGCCCAGCUGUCCGGGAGUAAACCAGAAGAAUCAACGUGAGAGAAUACUGCCGCAAGCAGAGGCGCCCACUGAACCCUCCAACGUCCGGGGAAUCCAAAUCGGGCCGCUCACUUGUUUUGCGGGAGCCAGCCGACUCGUGCCAGAGCACUGGAGUAAAAAAGAAAGGGACAUUCUGGGAUCCCAUCGGAAGCCGAGACGGCUUCUGCAAUUCCAAGAUGUCCUGCUUAAAUUGGGGUGGUUGAGCUACAGGGUUCGGUUGGUCAGAGCGUGGCGCUGAUAACGCCAAGGUUGCAGGUUCGAUCCCCGUUUGGGAGAGUUGCUUACUCCUGCAUUGCAAGGGGUUGGACUCAGGACGUUGCAGAGCCAGGCAGAGAUAGAUAAUGUGCCCUCCUUAUGUUCCUGUGGCUGAGUGGAGAUUUGAACCCUGGUCUCUCGCAGGUCCUAGCACUCAAACCGCUACACUUCAUUGCCUCUGUAAUAAUAAUGACAAUAAUAAUUGCAAUAAUUUGCAGAUGCCGGUGACGUUUGUCGACAUUGCCGUUUAUUUCUCCGCCGAAGAGUGGAAGAACUUGGCCGAGUGGCAGAAGGACCUGUACAACAAUCUGGUGAAGGAGAACUACGAGUCUUUGCUCAGCCUAGGUACGGAAACAACUGACCCACUUGCAUCAUAUUUAGAAGGUUCGAAGCAUUUCGUGCACAUAGUCCUCGUGACAACACUGUAAGGGAGGCCGGUAUUCGUUAUCCUGCGAUACGACCUGUGAGAUUUCCUGAACGGAUUGCGACUUGCCUGUUGGGUUUGUGGGGAGUAGCAAGAUUCAGAAAGCAGACUUCAAAGAGUUUAGCCACCAUUCUGGAUGCUAAUUUCGAUUUUAGCCAGGCUCAUCCUGUUCUCUCAUUGGCCAAGCGGAUUCCUGUGGCAGGGAGUUCCGCAGUUGCACUGCAUGAAGGAUUUUCUUUUAUCGGUCCUGAAUUUUGCAUUGGAUGCCCACAGGUCCGAGCGCUAUGAGAAAGGGAGAUAUUUUCUCUCCCCCCCCCCAUUUUUAAAAUUCAUUUUCUAACACAAAUAAACAGCUCAAACAGAAAAACAAACAAUAGAAACAGAUUCUUGUCUUAUCCUUAUUUUUUCUAAACAUUGUUAGGUGGGCUUCCCCAAGUCCCACCUAUCUGAUUUUCAUUUUACCUCAUCUUUAGCUGUUCACAUAUAUCAUAAUUUCUAACCUUUUUUUUAAAUCACACUUACUUUAACCAUAAAAAUCUUCACAUUUUAUCACUUGCAAAUAAUACUAUUUUAAAAUACACUUCUACUUCUAACCCUACAGCCUAAUCCACUUCCAAAGCUAUUCUAAGAUCUAAAUAUUACCAUCUUUUUUGAAUAUAUUCCUUAAACUUCUUCCAAUCUUCUUCCACCAUCUCUUCUCUCUGGUCUCGGAGUCUCCUGGUUAGUUCGGCAAGUUCCAUAUAGCCCAUCAUCUUCAUCUGCCAUUCUUCGAUAGUUGGUAAAUCUUGUUUCUUCCAGUUCUUCGCUAGCAAUAUUCUCGCAGCUGUUGUGGCAUACAGAGAGGGAGAUCUUUUCUCCAACCUAACAUUCUGAACUUCCAAUAUAUUGUUUCCCAAACUUGGGCCUCCAGUUGUUUUCGGACUACAGUUCCCAUCAUCCCUGACCACCGGUCUUGCUAGCUGGGGAUGAUGGGAAUUGUAGUCCAAAACCAGCUGGAGACCCAAGUUUGGAAAACACUGUUCUAUCAUGCCACCUCUUGUUGUUGUUUAGUCGUUUAGUCGUGUCAGACUCUUCGUGACCCCCUGGACCAGAACACGCCAGGCACUCCUGUCUUCCACUGCCUCCCGCAGUUUGGUCAAACUCAUCCUGGUAGCUUCCAGAACACUGUCCAACCAUCUCGUCCUCUGCCGUCCCCUUCUCCUUGUGCCCUCCAUCUUUCCCAACAUCAGGGUCUUUUCCAAGGAGUCUUCUCUUCUCUUGAGGUGGCCAAAGUAUUGGAGCCUCAGCUUCAGGAUCUGUCCUUCCAGUGAGCCCUCAGGGCUGAUUUCCUUAAGAAUGGAGAGGUUUGAUCUUCUUGCAGUCCAUGGGACUCUCAAGAGUCUCCUCCAGCACCAGAAUUCAAAAGCAUCAAUUCUCCGGCGAUCAGUCUUCUUUAUGGUCUAGCUCUCACUUCCAUACAUCACUACUGAGAAAACCAUAGCCUUUACUAUACGGACCUUUGUUGGCAAGGUGAUGUCUCUGCUUUUUAAGAUGCUGUCUAGGUUUGUCAUUGCUUUUCUCCCAAGAAGCAGGCGUCUUUUAAUUUCGUGACUGCUGUCACCAUCUGCAGUGAUCACGGAGCCCAAGAAAGUAAAAUCUCUCACUGCCUCCUUUUCUUCCCCUUCUAUUUGCCAGGAGGUGAUGGGACCAGUGGCCAUGAACUUCGUUUUUUUUAUUUUUGAUGUUUUGAUCAUGCCACCUCUUACCUUUCCUCUAAACUAAAAAGUCCCAGCGUUGCAACCUUUUUUUGUAACAUCUGGAAAGCAUGAGGUUUAGGGAAGGCUGUGCUCAGAACGGUGGGAUUGUUCGGGAUCUGUAAGGAGAAAUCGUGGAGCGAUGAAGGAUGACUUGUGUUCGCUGGGGAGGGGGAAGAGAUCUAGUUAAAAAUCAUCUUUCUCCUUCAAAGUCUUUAUCUUCUCUUCUUCUCUUCUUCAUGCCUUCUCCAGGAAGAGAGACUUUUGGUUUCGGGGGGAUAUUUUUUGGUAACAUCUUUAUUGAAAGUUCAAAAAGGACUUAACUAUAAGUGUACCAAAAAUGGUGAGAUGCAAACGAAAAGGAGAAACAGAACCCACGCAGGAGGGAAAACAAAACCCCAAACUGUAUACCGUAUUUUUUGCUCUCUAAGACACACCAGACCACAAGACGCACCUAGUUUUUGGAGGAGGAAAACAAGAAAAAAAAUAUUCUGAAUCUCAGAAGCCAGAACAGCAAGAGGGAUCGCUGCGCAGUGAAAGCAGCAAUCCCUCUUGCUGUUCUGGCUUCUGGGAUAGCUGUGCAGCCUGCAUUCGCUCCAUAAGAUGCACACACAUUUCCCCUUACUUUUUAGGAGGGAAAAAGUGAGUCUUAUAGAGCAAAAAACACGGUAUUUUACAAGGUUGUUAUAGUAUUUCACCAGAUCUUAACCUAUUACAGUAUUUAUAAGAAUGGAUUCCAAAUAUCAUUGAAUUUGCCCAUGGCAAGUCUGCGUUUAUAUGCUAGUUGUUCAUAUGUUGUGAGUUUGUAUAAGUCUCCAAUCCAAUCGUAGAAGGAUUUUUAUUUUUCCAAUUUUUAUGUUUCCAGUUCAUCAGUAUCUGUCUUUUUGCUGUGGUCAGGGCACGGAGAGUCCACUCGUAUUGUCCUUUUGUCAGGUUCCAUGUGCUGGGUAUAUACCGUAUUUUUCGCUCCAUAAGACACACUUUUUUCCUCCUAAAAGGUAAGGGGAAAUGUGAGUGCGUCUUAUGGAGCAUCCUUCUGUUCCUCCUCCCGCUUUGCUGAACAGACGUUGCGCAGCUCUCCCUCUCUGUGCAGCACUUCUCCUGCGAAGGAGAGGGACUGCGCAGAGAGGGAGAACUGUGCAGCGCCCCUUCAGCGAUGUGCCUGUCCUGGCUUCUGCCUUAGCUGCGUGCAGCCUCUUCGGGCAGGGGGAGCCUUCAUCCCGCUGCCCUGAAGAGACUUGGCGCGGUUAUCCCAGAAGCCAGAACAGACACACAGUAACCCAGAAGCCAGACCCCUCUUGCUGUUCUGGCUUCUGGGAUUCAGAAUAAUUUUUUCUUGUUUUCCUCCUCCCAAACCUAGGUGCGCCUUAUGGUCUGGUGCGUCUUAUGGAGCAAAGAAUACGGUAAUUCAGUAGGAUGUUUUGCUCUGUAAAUGUGAGGUUGUUCCAUACAGUUCUGUUGAUGGUUUUGGUUACCUUCUGCCAAAAGUCUUUCAAUAUGGGACAAUGAAAAAAAAACAUAUGUUUUAGAGAAGCAUCGUCCCUAUUUCUCCAGGAGCAGAUGUUAACAUUUCCAAACCGGAGGCUCAUCCCAGAAUUGAACGCGGCGCAGAGCCAUGUAUUCCAGAACAGCAGAGCACAAAGGAGAGGGAGAUAUCUACGGAUCCUUGCACAGGUGAGGAAAGCAAUUUGGAAGAAAUUGGGUGUGCAAGGAGGGGGAAAAGGUAAAGGUAAAGGGAGCCCUGACCAUUAGGGUCCAGUCAUGGCCGACUCUGGGGUUGCGCCGCUCAUCUUGCUUUACUGGCCGAGGGAGCCGGUACAGCUUCCGGGUCAUGUGGCCAGCAUGACUAAGCCGCUUCUGGCGAACCAGAGCAGCGCACAGAAACGCCCUUUACCUUCCCACCGGAGCGGUACCUAUUUAUCUACUUGCACUUUGAUGUGCUUUAGAACUGCUAGGUUGGCAGGAGCUGGGACCGAGAAACGGGAGCUCACCCCGUUGCGGGGAUUCGAACCGCCAACCUUCUAACCAGCAAGUCCUAGGCUCUGUGGUUUAACCCACAGCGCCACCCCAGUCCCUUGCAAGGAGGGGUAGGUUGAUUCUAAAAAAUCUGGGCCAUCACAUGCCAGACAUUAUUGCUGUUGAGAAAACACCACUUUUAAAGAAAACAGGAGUUUCCCCUUCGUAUUUUCUAUUGCAGGGAUCGGGUGGGUUUAAACCACAAUUUAAAUCACUAGCCAGUAAGACUUGAUUUUUUUUUUACAGAAAGACUCAUUCUUGCUGGUGUGAUCUUAAUAUUUACAACCAGACGAAGGUUUCAUUUUUGGAAUAAUAAAUUUUCAGUGUAGUUUUUACAGUUAUAUAAAAAAUGACUGAUUUGGUUAUACUAUUAGAAAUACAUAGACAAAUAAUUAUGAAAUUGUUUACAGAUAGGUAGCCAUGUUGGUCUGCCGGAGUCAAAACAAAAUAAAAAAAUUCCUUCCAGUAGCACCUUAUAGACCAACUAAGUUUGUUAUUAGUAUGAGCUUUCGUGUGCCUACACACUUAUCCGAAGAAGCGUGCAAGCACACGAAAGCUCAUACCAAUAACAAAAUCAGUUGGUCUAUAAGGUGCUACUGGAAGGAAUUUUUAAUGAAAUUAUUGUUUAUGUUUGCACAACUUUUCUGCUGUACUUUAUUGGAAGGAGAAAAACAAUCAUUUCCUUAAUAACAAUUUAAACAAUUUAUUUAACUAAAACAAUAACAUUACAGCAUAUGUAUCCAUGUUUGUUGACUGAUGUGGUUAAACGAUUUUUAAAAAAACAGACUGAGUUUUAUCACACAUGAAAAACUUAAAACAAAUCCUUAUUUCCUGAUGAAUAGCCUUUGGACUAUAAUGUAACUUAAAUAGAAAACUAUCUUUAGGUAGAUUUUUCCUCCAAAAGCAUUUUAAUUUAAAAAUCUAAUUUAAAUCAAAAAAGUCUGAUCUGAAUCAAAAAAUCUGAUUUUUCAAAACAAUUUUUAAAAAACCAUUGAUUUUUAUCCACCCUGGCAGGGAUGAAACCUGUGUUCAUUGCCAGCGUAGGUGCAGAAUGGACCAUUGCCAAUGACUCAGGGCUGCAGCUAAUUUGCAAGCCUCCAUUGCAUAUCAUUUAACGCCCAUUUGCAUAUCAAACAGACUAGGGGAAUCGGCUCAGCUGGCGCAAAUGGGAGUUGCCUGGGUGCAAUGCUCCACUCUCCUUAAAGGUAAAGGGACCCCUGACCAUUAGGUCCAGUCGUGGCCGACUCUGGGGUUGCGGCGCUCAUCUUGCUUUACUGGCCGAAGGAGCCGGCGUACAGCUUCCAGGUCAUGUGGCCAGCAUGACUAAGCCGCUUCUGGCGAACCAGAGCAGCGCACGGAAACGCCGUUUACCUUCCCGCCGGAGCGGUACCUAUUUAUCUACUUGCACUUUGACGUGCUUUCAAACUGCUAGGUUGGCAGGAGCAGGGACCGAGCAAUGGGAGCUCACCCCGUCGCGGGGAUUUGAACUGCCGACCUUCUGAUCGGCAAGUCCUAGGCUCUGCGGUUUAACCCACAGCGCCACCCGUGUCCCAUUCUCCUUACAGAGCUACAAUUUCCAGAGUAGUUUAAAAUUUAGGCUCUCUCCCCCUCCCCCAGGGAACUCUGGGAAUUGUAGCUCCGUGAGGGAAUCAGGGGUCUCCUAACAACUUGAAGCACCAUUGACAAACUAUAGUUCUUGGGAUUUUUUGCGGAAAGCCAGAACUUCAAAGUACAGCGCAGAUGGGGCCUAAUUCUUUUUGCGUCUUUACCAAGCUACCAGCUUUUGAAACUGUUUUAUAACAGUCCUGCAUCCUGACUGCCUUUCUCUUAGUACAGUCCUACCUCCUCGGAAGCUGAACGGAAUUCGUUCCGGAAGUCCGUUCGACUUCCAAAACGUUCGGAAACCAAGGCACGGCUUCUGAUUGGCCGCUGGAAGCUCCUGCAGCCAAUUGGAAGCCGUGGAACCCGUGUCGGACGUUCGGGUUCCAAAGAACGUUCGCAAACUGGAACACUCCUUUCCGGAUUUGCGGCGUUCAGGAGCCAAAACGUUCAACUUGUAAGGAGUUCAACUUCUGUAUACCGGUCAGGAAUUUCCAAACCAAUUAGAAACCGAUUUCCUAUUGAUUAGCUGCAUAGAUCAGGAUAAUGGGUCCCAUAAUUCUCUUCUGGUCUUCCGUCUCGACAGCCCCUCUCAAAACUCCAGAGACCAAGAGUCAUAAAUAAUAUUUGCAAUAUUUGCGACACUCCCGGAUGCCUAAACGGGCUGUAUAGCCUCUCAAUUACCGUAAAUCUUCUCCCUCUCCUUCCAGCUCCGUUGUCAGAAUAGCAGCUUUCAGAUCCAAGCACGGAAGGAGCAAUUUGUUUGUUCUUCAAAAAGAAAGGGAAAAUUGCUCUUCUGCUGAUGUUCCCAACAAGAUACCUGCGGGCACAAUAGCACUUCAUGUUUUGGGGGGACAGGGGGCGGGCGGGUGUGGGGGAUUCCCUGGUCCUGAAUGGGGUAACUGUGCCCCUGAAGGAGCAGGUGCGCAGCCUGGGAGUCAUUCUGGACUCACAGCUCUCCAUGGAGGCGCAGGUCAAUUCUGUGUCCAGGGCAGCUGUCUACCAGGUCCAUUUGGUACGCAGGAUGAGACCCUCCCUGCUCGUGGACUGUCUCACCAGAGUGGUGCAUGCUAUGGUUAUCUCCCGCUUGGACUACUGCAACACGCUCUACGUGGGGCUACCUUUGAAGGUGACCCGGAAACUGCAAUUAAUCCAGAAUGCGACAGCUAGAGUGGUGACUGGGAGUGGCCGCCGGGACCACAUAACACCGGUUCUGAGAGAUCUGCAUUGGUUCCCAGUCUGUUUCUGAACACAAUUCAAAGUGUUGGUGCUGACUUUGAAAGCCCUAAACGGCCUUGGUCCAGUAGACCUGAAGGAGCGUCUCCACCCCCAUCAUCCAGCCCAGUCACUGAGGUCCAGCGCCGAGGGCCUUCUGGCGGUUCCCUCAUUGCGAGAAGUGAGGUUACAGGGAACCAGACAGAGGGCCUUCUUGGUAGUGGCGCCCGCCCUGUGGAAUGCCCUCCCUUCAGAUGUGAAGGAAAUAAGCAGCUAUCCUAUUUUUAAAAGACAUCUGAAGGCAGCCCUGUUCAAGGAAGUUUUUAAUAUUUAACGCUGUACUGUUUUUAACACUUGAUUGGGAGCCGCCCAGAGUGGCUGGGGAGACUCAGCCAGAUGGGCGGGGUAUAAAUAAUAAAUUAUUAUUAUUAUUAUUAUUAUUAUUAUUAUUAUUAUUCAUAUAGUGGCGAGAGUGGUCACCUUUUCCCUCCCUUCACAUGGGAGCAACCACUGCCUUCUUAUAGAACCAUAGAAUUACAGCGUUAAACGGGACCUCCAGGGGUCAUCCAGCCCAACCCGCUGCCAUGCAGUUCAGGAAUCACGACUAAAGAAUCCCUGGCAGAUGGCCACCCAACCUCUGCUUUAAAAAAACCUCCAACUGAGGUUUCCUUAUGUUUACUAUAUGUGGAAUUUUAGGUUAGGUUUUCUGCACCUGAAAUUUGGAGAAGGUGGAGAGGGAUUUCCCUUGGGUCGGCAAGCCUGUUAAAGUAUCUCUUCCUCUGUCCUUUCCCUCCUCCUUCCCUCCUUUUUACAGAACCCUUGAUUUGCACGCCAGACGUCCUGAGCCGCAUCAAGCAAGAGGAGCCCUUUGCAGGGGGAGGCCAGUUCACAGAGGAAAGAGGGAUGCCAGCAGAUCCGUGUUCAGGUGAUUUGCGUGGAAGGGGACCGAGGGUCAUCUAGUUCAACCCCCUGCAAUGCAGGAAUAAUAAUAAUAAUAAUAAUAAUAAUAAUAAUAAUAUUUACCUAUAUCCCGCUCUAUAUCCGGGGCGUCUCAGGGCUGUUGACAGACUAGAAUCAAGAUAUAAAACCACAACAUACUUACCGUAUUUUUCGCUCUAUUGGACGCACCGGACCAUAGGAAGGAGAGAUGGAUUAUAUGGAACUGACGGACAGGACUGGCAGAAUCCGAAGCCAGGGAGAGGAGAUAGUGGAAGAUUAAUGGAAAAUUUAAAGUGUUUAUUUAGAAAUUUUGUUAAAGUAAUGACUGUCAGAAAAAUGGUGGAAUGAUAUUUUAUGGAUUUAGCAGAAAUGCUAUAAGAAGUUGGGUGUAUAUAAGCAAUCAACCGUUAAUGGGAAAUAAGGUUAAAGAAUAUGUUAUUCAUAAUAUGACAGAAAAUAGAGAAAGAUGGAAAGGAUUUGCUGAAACAAGUACUAGAAGCGGGAUACAAGAAGGGAGGUGUGAGGAAGUCGAGGAAACAAGGGAAUGAAGGACAGAGUAUGGAAAAGGAGGGAUGUUUUUAAAUUGUUUUUGUCUUGCUUUGUUCAUGUGUUUAGUUCAAUGGGUUUAGGGUGGGCUUGUAUUGUUUAUAUAUUGUAUUGUUUUUCUCUUUCUUUUUUGUUUUUUCUCUCUUUUUUCUACUUUUUUGUAACUUUUAAAAGCAAUAAAUAUUAUUUUUUUUAAAAAAGAGAAUAGGGGGAAAACAUUUUUUCUUGUUCUCCCCCUCAAAAACAAGGUGCGUUCAAGAGCAGGCCUUGCCGCUGCGCCCCGAGCUUGUGGGGCUGGCGGUGGGGUAAGCGCUGCUUUCCCCCACCGCCAGCCUCAAAGAUCCCUGAAGCCUUUGGAGCGCAGCUGCACUCCAAAGUCUUGAGGCUUCGGGGACAUCCUUUGUAGCCUCCACCGCCCUUUGAAGGCACCCCGCCAUCCUGAAGCUGGAACAGCGAGAUGGAGGGCUGCGCAGCGCCCCGUCUCGCUGUUUCGGCUUUGGUGACAGCAGGCUGCUAUCCGCAAGCCUUCUGAGCCCGGCAGGAACUCCUGCCGGGCUCCGCAGGCUUGCAGAGAGCUGCCCAAAGCCCGGGGUGCACAGUGAUGCGCUCCCUGGACUUCGGGCUGCUGGCGGGAACUCCUGCCGGGCUCUGCAGGCUUGCAGAGAGCUUCCUGAAGCCUGCGCACCGACCCCUCUCGCUCUCCAGGCUUCAGCGAAAGCCUGCAUUCGCCCCAUAGGACGCACACACUUUCCCCCUUCAUUUUUUAGAGGGGGAAAAGUGCGUCCUAUAGAGCGAAAAAUACGGUAAUAAAAUUAAAAACCACAACCCCCAAAAACCACAUUUUAAAAGGGCAUAGGACGUAAAUCGGAUCAACCAAAGGCCUGGUUAAAAAGGAACACUGAAUUGGCAGAAUCCCUAAUUUAUUAUUAUUAUUAUUAUUAUUAUUAUUAUUAUUAUUAUUAUUGAAUUUAUAUACCACCCUAUGCCCGGAGGUCUCAGGGCAGUUCACAUAAAAAGGUCACAGAAUAUAAAAUUAAAAUAAAAGCAAUCACCCAAUAAUACCAACCCCCAAAAGAACCACAUUUUAAAUGAGUAUGGGAUGUUGAUCAGGUCAAACAAAGGCCUGGUUAAAAAGGAACUUUUUGCCUGGCGCCUAAAGGUGUAUAAUGAAGGCGCCAGGUGAACUUCCCUGGGGAGAGUAUUCCACAGACGGGGAGCCACUGCAGAAAAGGCCCUGUUCUCGUGUUGCCACCCUCUGGACCUCUCAAGGAGGCGGCACAUGUAGGAGGGCCUCAGAAGAUGAUCUCAGGGUCCGGGUAGGUUCAUCUGGAAAGAGGUGUUGUGGUCCUGAGGAAUCACAGCUAAAGAAUCCCAACCCCAGUAGAGAAACCUCCAAUGAUUCACCUUUCAAGGAAAUCCGUUCCACCGCUGACUAAACAGCUCAUAGCCUCCCAAAGUUCUCCCUAACGUUUAGUCAGAAACUUCUUUCUUGUCAUUUGAACCAAAUGGGUGCCCUCCAGACGUUUUGGAUGGUCACUCUCACCAACUGCCCGGGUGCUGAUGGGAGUUGUAGUUCAAAACAUCUGGCAGGUACCAGGUUGGGGGAAGCGCCUGCUCUGUAGGACUUCCAUUGUCAUCUUGUUUUUUGACACUCGCUUUUUAGUAGACUAUGUGGAGGACUCCCUGGUCCUGAAUGGGGUAACUGUGCCCCUGAAGGACCAGGUGUGCAGCCUGGGAGUCAUUUUGGACUCACAGCUGUCCAUGGAGGGGCAGGUCAAUUCUGUGUCCAGGGCAGCUGUCUACCAGCUCCAUCUGGUACGCAGGAUGAGACUGCCCCUGUCCACAGACUGUCUCACCAGAGUGGUGCAUGCUCUGGUUAUCUCCUGCAUGGACUACUGCAAUGCACUCUACGUGGGGCUACCUUUGAAGGUGACCCAGAAACUGCAACUACUCCAGAAUGCGGCAGGUAGACUGGUGACUGGGAGCGGCCGCCAAGACCAUAUAACACUGGUCCUGAAAGACCUCCGUCGGCUCCCAGUACGUUUCCAAGCACAAUUCAAAGUGUUGGUGCUGACCUUUAAAGCCCUAAAUGGCCUCGGUCCAGUAUACCUGAAGGAGCGUCUCCACCCCCAUCAUUCUGCCCUGACACUGAGGUCCAGCUCUGAGGGCCUUCUGGCGGUUCCCUCACUGCGAGAAGUGAGGUUACAGGGAACCAGGCAGAGGGCCUUCUCGGUGGUGGCGCCCGCCCUGUGGAACGCCCUCCCACCAUAUGUCAAAGAGAAGAACAACUACCAGACUUUUAGAAGACAUCUGAAGGCAGCCCUGUUUAGGGAAGCUUUUAAUGUUUAAUAGGUUAUUGUAUUUUAAUAUUCCUUUGGAAGCCGCCCAGAGUGGCUGGAGAAACCCAGCCAGAUGGGCGGGGUAUAAAUAGUAAAUUAUUACUAUUAUUGUUGUUGUUGUUUUGAGACUCGUUUUUUAGUAGAAUAGGCCGACCUGUGCCAGAUGAUUUGCACUGCAAUUCCCAGUCGUGCUGGCUGGGCUAAUGGGAGUUGUAGUACGGAACAGAUGAAGCUGGGGUUGGGGAAGACUAGAACAGGUCAAUCUUUUCGAUGGACAGGCUUUGACCUCUUCUUUGCCAGGGUUUGGGCGGCCAUGCGGAGGUUCUCGUUCGCCUGACUGACACGAGGGCCGCCUUCUUCUGAACUGUUUUGUUUGAUUCUCUUCGCAAAGGUGCUGAGGGCCUCAUGUCCGCCCAUGACUUCUUGUCGUGGAUUAAGCAAGAGGAGGAGCCAUGCGUCAGGGAACACUGGGAGUCGGCAGAGAGAGACAUCCUUACGGGCUCCGGAACAGGUGAGCAGCCUUUAGGAUGAGCGUGCCUGCCUCAGUUCCUGCAUAUAGCUGCAAUCCCUGCCUCCCACGAACAUAAUCAUGGCAAGGGGGAGACUUAUCCUGGUUCCAUCCUAUCAGCCAGAGAAUAAGAAGCUGCUUCAUUGCUUGCUUUCGAGCCCUAUGUAGGGGGUUGGGCUAGAUGACCCUUGCCCCUUUCCACUGUGCGAUUCUAAGUCUCUUUCCUCUUCCCUCCCCAUUCCUUUUUCCUUUUGUGUCAUGUCCACGAGAUUGUGAACCUUCAAGCAGGAACUGUCUCUGUACAUCACUUAGAAACCUUUAGAUGCUUUGUAAGCAUUCUAGAAUAAUGCUGGGGCCUGCAAACAGUUUAGGCAUGCGGGUACAUUUGGGUUUCUGAGAAAGUCGUAGUCCAACCCUCUGCAAUCUAGUCCCUCUUCUUCCAGAUUGGCCAAUCCCUGAGAUAGAAAGUGUCUGUGCCUAUUUAUUUUAUUCUGCCUAAAUCUCUUAAGUGUUUUACAGUGUUACCUUGGUUCUCAAACUUAAUCCGUUCCGGAAGUCCGUUCCAAAACCAAAGCGUUCCAAAACCAAGGCGCUUUCCCAUAGAAAGUAAUGCAAAAUAGAUUAAUCAGUUCUAGACUUUUAAAAACAACUCCUAAAACAGCAAUUUGACAUGAAUUUUACUCUCUAACGAGACCAUUGAUCCAUAAAAUGAAAGCAAUAACCAAUGUACUGUACUAUAAAAUAAAUAAGCAGAUGAUAAAAAUUAAAAUUGUAUUUUUUUUAUUAGCUGGACUGAUGAUAGUCCUUGUUUGGAUGGGGGCUUUUAUCCAUUUCCACAGUCACACAAUCAAUCAAUCAGUAGUGGAACUGGGCUCCACAUAGUCACAAAAACAAAUUAACCGAAAAAGCCUCAAAAACAAAAACGCAAAAUAAAUAGCAAAAACAAAAGUGCCAAACUUAAUCUGUUCCAGAAGUCCUGUUUGACUUCCGAAAUGUUUGAAAACCAAGGCUGGUGCAGGUGGCCCAGAAACAAUAGCCGACAGCCACAUUGGAUGUUCGGCUUCCGAAAUACGUUCGAAAACCGGAACACGUCUGGGUUUUUGGCAUUUGGGAACCAAGGCGUUUGAGAACCAAGGUACCACUGUACAUAGUGUGCUUUUUCAAGGGAGCUGAGCAAAAGUUGGACCCAGCGGCAUUAAGUCUGAGCCCUGAAAAGCCCAUAGAGCGGGAGGAGGAAGUGGGAAGAGUGCCCUUCUUUCAACUUCUUCCUUCUGCUCUGUAUCCUUCUCAAGGGAGAAAAGGGUAUCUGCCCUCACCGCCUCUUGAUAAGGAGACAUGGGAGGUGCUGUGAAAGCCAUGGGGGGAGAUCUCAGGGGUCCCAUUGUGCCCGCGGGCACCCUGUUGGUGACCCCUGAGCUGUGCCCAUUGGGCUAAACUCUCCCAGUCUCUCCCCCAAAUAAAACCCCUGUGGAAGUGACUUCCUUUGCCACCACCUGUGGCUGGGAUGAAUAACUGCGGCCCAUUCUUUUUGGCUUUGAAAUACAGUGGUAUCUCUGGAUGCGAACAGGAUCCGUUCCGGAGCCCCGUUCGCAUCCUGAAGCGAACGCAACCCGCGUCUGCACGUCAUUUUGAGCGUCUGCACAUGCGCGAGCGGUAAAACCCGGAAGUAACGUGCUCUGUUACUUCCGGGUCGCCGCAGAGCGCAACCCGAAAAUAUUCUUCCCGAAGCUACUUCAACCCGAGGUAUGACUGCAAUAAUGAAAAAUGAUCGAAAAAAUAAAUAAAUAACUGCGGCCUGUUUCCUCUCUGGAGAGCCAGUGUGGUGUAGUGGUUAAGAGCGGUAGACUCGUAAUCUGGGGAACCGGGUUCGGGUCUCCAUUCCUCCACAUGCAGCUGCUGGGUGACCUUGGGCUAGUCACACUUCUCUGAAGUCUCUCAGCCCCACUCACCUCACAGAGUGUUUGUUGUGGGGGAGGAAGGGAAAGGGGAAUGUUAGCCGCUUUGAGACUCCUUCGGGUAGUGAUAAAGCGGUAUAUCAAAUCCAAAGUCUUCUUCUUCUUCUUCUCUCUUCCUUCCAGCUGGCGACGCGAUGGCCGUCAAAGCCGAGACCCAGCGCUCGUGCCCGGAAGAACCGGCGCGGGCCAGGGAUUCCGUGUUCCAUGGCGAGGCCCCCGUAUCUGCCGGGGCGGCGGCGGCGGCGGCAUCGGCGGCGAUGGAAUCCUAUGUGGGCCCGGGCGGCCCGGGCGCGCCGCCCCUGAGCCCCGCCAGGAGCCGACCGGGUAAAUCCAUUGAGUUAGAGAGCGAGUUGCAAGGCCUCUUUGCCCCACAGCCGCCGGCCGAGCGCCCCCACGGCUGCAGCGAGUGCGGGAAGAUGUUUGGGGUGAAGAAGAGCUUGAAGGUUCACCAGCGGAGCCACCACAGCCAGGAGCGGCCGUACGAGUGCGAGGAGUGCCGCAAGAGCUUCAACUGCCACUCGGGUCUGGUGCGGCACCAGAUGACACAUCGCGGGGAGCGGCCCUACAAGUGCGAGGAGUGCGGCAAGUGCUACAGCCGCAAGGAGCACCUUCAGAACCACCAGCGGCUUCACACAGGCGAGAGGCCUUUCCAGUGCCCGGUCUGCGGCAAACGGUUCAUCCGCAAGCAGAACCUGCUAAAGCACCAGCGCAUCCACACCGGGGAGAGGCCCUAUCAGUGCGCCGAGUGCGGGAGGAGCUUCCGCUACAAGGAGUCCCUCAAGGACCACCUGAGGACUCACAGCACCGAGCCCCCGCCCAGAGGCUGCUGCCCUCCCUGGGCGGGGAGCCACUCCCGUAAGGCCCUGUGAGGGAAGAAGGAGAAACAGCUUUCUCCAUAGCUGUCAACGUUUCCCUUUUUUAAAGGGAAAUUCCCUUCUCCCGAAUAGGAUUCGUCGCAAGAAAAGGGGAAAGUCGACAGCUUUGGCUCUCUCUUGCACUCCUUCUCCCCCCCCCAAAAAAACCCCUCCCCUCAGCCUCCUUCCCCUCCAGUGCCUCCCGAUUCUGCCUGGCGCGGGGGGCAUAGCCGCCGCAAAGACCGCUGGACGGUGGGCGUGAGGCCGCCUUGGUUCUGCGAAUGCCACGGGGCAGCCGCACCUCGUUCCCCAAAUGCGCACCGCCUUGCUCCCGAAUCGGCCUUUGCGGAACAAUAACGAGCGGAACCCGCAAGGGACGCGGGCGGCGCUGUCUGCCGCAGGCCGGAACCUCUAGACUUCCCGGAGACUGACGCUGAGGAUCUGAUGAUUUCGCUUGGGGAUGUUUCUAGCCCUCAUUGAGGAGGGGGGUUCCAGGAGCAUGGCGGCAACGUGCGCAUGUGUGUUCUAAAGGCUCAGAAACCAAAUUCCAAACCCCACACCCUGCUCACUCCCUCCAUGUCUCAAAUGGGUUUUUCCCCUCGCACAUCCGGAAGGAAUGAUUUUAAUUUUAGCAGGACGUUAGCCUUGAGCAGAAGCCCCCAGAACGGACCCUUUUUGGCUAAAAUGCGGCUUCUCGUACGUACGAAUAAGGACGUUUGCGUCUCCCUCGUCUCUUUCUCUUGGGUGGCCAGUUUGCGUUGCUCCUCUGUGGGACUUGUUUGAGCCUCUGCUUUUCUUUUCUCUUUUCCCCUCAGGGCCUGCUUCUGUUCAGUGUCUCUGAACAGUCUCACUGCAAAGCACCUUUUCCAGGUAUCACCGCCCCCACCCCCCCCGAACCCCAACCCCCAAGUCCUGCAUUUCUUUCCCCACCGCAAGUAUAUUUAUUCGUUCUCGUCCCUCUUUCCUCCCAUGCCGUUGCUAUUAUUUUUAAAAAAGAAAUUCCUUUUAUCUCAUGACAACGCAGUCCAACUCUGUUUUU